ACCUCUCCACCGGAGUCUAAUUAGUAUUCUCCCAAAAGUAUAAAUACUUGCUUAUAUUCAUUCACCCCUAAUUCCCCUUCCCUGCCCUAUAUAUUUCUCUCUCUCUCCCAGCCGCAAAAUGCACAAUCUCUCUCCCAAUCUCCCCCAAAUCUCUCCCCUUAAUUCACUUUCUAAUAUGCUUCGAUUCGCCUCUCUUUUUAUUUUUUGAGACUUUUUUCCUUUCUUUUUCGUCUGUCACUUAUGGGAUCGGAAAGCUGCGGUGGAGUUGGUGUUAAGGACUACCGAUCCGGCGUCGUUUCAGUUGAUUUUAGCUCUCGGAUUGAUUCUUCUAACUCAUUUUCUACUCCCAAUGAAGCAGCCUGGAAUAAGAUGGUCAAUGGUGAGGGUUGUAAGAACCCAAUUGAAAAGGCAAGCAAGGAACUUAAUUUUACGAGAACAAGUAAUCCUCUUACAUUUCAAGACCUGGAGGCCAAGAAACAACGGAGGACAUCUGGGAAAGCGGCAAGAAAAUCACGGUUGUCACAACUGGAAGUUUCUAUGAACGAAACAGAGACUAAUGAUGUUGAGGGUAAAGCUAAGGAAGUUGGAUUUUUCUAUGGCAAGGGCAUUACUUUAGAGAAAACUCAAACGUCUAGGCAGAAGACUAACAUAAAUGGAAAGCGGAAUGAUAAGAGGAAUGGCAAAGCUCCUAAGAGUAAAUAUGAUUCUUUCUCUGUCAAGACUGGAUUGGCGAGCUUCAGUUCUGCUGCUUUAGGGAAUAACAUUCUCGGAGGAUAUGGCUUGAGAGCAGAUAUGGAGGAUGUCACUAAGAAUAUCGAUGAGCUGUCAUUAAAUGAACUACUUGAAGGCAGUUAUAAGUGUCCUAAAUUUGCAAUGGACAAGGGCGAGAGAUCAGAAGAUCCAGAUGACAAAAUUAUGCAGUCUGUCAAAAAUGCCUGGUCAAUUCUUCAGACGCGAAAGAUAAAACCACAGGCUAUGGAGGUUGAUGGUAGUUACCAUCAAGAAGUUCUUUCCCCAUGCUAUUUGGCAUUGGAUUCUCUUGUAGGAAACAGAAAAGAGGAAGCUAAUGACACAGAUAUAAUAGAUGUAUCUCCAGCGCACAAGGAGUCUGGGAUUCAGUCUGAUAUACUUGAUUUCCCAUUGCACAAGCCGGAAAAAAUAUUCGAACGCCUCACUCUCCCUCCACCCAGGGAUUUAGAGUUUUUGCUCCUUGAUACUGCCAAGUCAGCUACCCCAAGAAUUAGUGCUGAUCCCCGGCCAGGCAAACCUGUAAAUCAGCGAGGUUGUUUGCCACCAUUUUCUUGGUCAAAUGCUUAUUCUGGACACUGCAAGUCUAACGUAGAUCCGGUCAAACUAUCGACAAGUAGAAGCACUUGCCAAAGUAGAUGGGCAAAAAUAGAAACCACUUUCCCUUCUCCAGAUACCACCUCUGGCUUCUUGACAGAGCUUGAAUCACUCAGAUAUGAUGACAGUAUAGUGCCUGUAGAAUAUCAAAGCUUGGCGCCUGUGGUAAAGGAAAAAAAUCAGCCUGAAUCUGUUAGCUUAACUGGACAGGGCUUGAUUAAGUGCACAGUGGCUCCUCAGGCUUCUCGAGAUUCUUCAGGUUUGUCUUCUCCUAGAGCAUUGGCUGCUGCUCAGUUACUAUGUGAUAUUUCUGCUCAUCCCUUGAAGAAAAAUGACCUUGGGAUGAUAAAAUCACUGAAAAGACCCUCCCAGAAGUCCAUGAGAGCUCCUGACUGCAAACCUAGUGAGAAACCUGAAAACAUAUAUGCAACACCAAUAACAAAAUCAAGAUUUGACUGUCCUCCUAGCAAUCCCGAGGUUGUGUUUGGCCUGAAGAGGCCAAGGCCGUCUGUGAAGGAAAGAAGUGCUGAAACUCUGCACAAUAAUAUAACCCCAAGAGGACAACUUCCUAGUUGGUCUAUGCCCCGGUCAAAUAGAUCAUCUCCCAACAAAUCUCUUCGGGGUUCUGUUUCAGAAACCAAGCCUUAUAAUGUUGUAAAGAAACCAUUUAUGUUACCACCAGUUGCAAGAACAAUGGAAGCAGCCAGUAGUAGUCAGCCAAAACAACGGAAGUUGAUGCAGAUUGGGUGGAAUAGGGAGAGCGGAAAGAUGAAUUGAUUGGCUAGGAACAGGUAAAAAAGAAACCUUUGGCCUGUGCAAAUGUUGUAUUCACAUGAUGUAAUCUCCUGUUGGGUUAUUUGAUGAGUAGCUUUCGUUGUAUAUAAUGUGCUAAAGCUAGGACAGAAAUAGUGGAAAGGAUUUUCUCUUCUCAGGGUAUAGAGAAUAUUGGUUUUACAUUUGUAACAUUAUGUGGCGAAUGACCAUGAACACACAGGGGAACACCUUUGCCUAGUGUAGAAUAUUCUACCUGCAAUGGAUAUUUAUGUGAUCCUUUCAGUCUCA